UUUGAGGCCGCGUGGGUGUGUUUUUACGAACUGGAUCUCGUGCGCAGUUUUUCCAAGCGCUCCAUUAGGUGUCUAAUUGUCCGGUACAGUUUGAGCAUUAUAGCAACGCCGUUAUACUCGUGCAAAAAUUUACCCCCCACAAACGUGUACAGUUACAUUGCAGUAAACGCCUCAAUCAGCGCGAUUAAGCUCAAAAGCGCGGCGUUUUCAAAGAGGAAGAGGACAAGUCAAAAAUCGCGCCGCUUAAGAAAAAGCCCCUCCAGGUAUCAUCGGCGUUAGAGUGACGGAGACAGCACGAGGUAGUAGUAGCAGUAGCGGUCGGGGGCGGCGUAUAGAAAGGGAAACCAACCGGUCGUUCCGACUUCCGCCUCUCUCUCUCUCUCUCUCUCUUUCUCGCUCUCGCUCUCGCGUCGAGCGCUCUGGUACACGGCAUUAUACAUCUCCCACCUUCGGGACGCGCCCCACUCCCGGGCGCUCCAAUCGCGAGCCGAGUCCCCCGUUCUCGCGGCGCUCUCGGCUGGCUCGCGCGCGAGCAACGUGCGCGAGUACGCGCGCUUUUGACAGUCGUCGCGACGACGUGCUCGGACGCGUCACGUGUGCUGCGCUCCCUGCAGACCUCGGCUCUUCUUUCUCUCUCUUUCUCUCUCUCUCGCACACACACACACACACAAGCACGCGCGCGCAACCCGUCCGUAUCUGGUUGCGAAUUUCGGAGCUUUUUCUCACGAGUACGUUGUGCUUAACUCCCAAGUGCCGGCGCAAGUGCGCUCUCUCCCUGUGAUCUCGCAGCGGACCAUGCGAGCAGUGCUCGACGGCACCAGCAGCACCAGCAGCGACAACGUGCGCGAGUGCGAGUGACGGAGCGGUGGCUAGAUGCGGUGCUACCGCUCGUACAACGGCCCGCUGUGCAAACUCUCGAUCCUCGGAUCGGCCUAAAGACUCAGAACUCUCUCGAUCUCGAUGCUCCGCUGACGCAGUGCAGUGAACCUCAGCGCAGCAGCCCCCGCUAGAACAGACGCGCGCGCGCCCAGUCGUACGGCACUCUCGACCCCGUGGAGCAUAACAAGCCGCAACCCUGCUCUACCCCUCGGCAAUGGAGUACCAGCAGUUGGCGCCACCCCCGGUGCCGGUGGCGGUGCUGCACCAGACGCACCACCCGCAGCAGUCUCAGCAACCCGGGGGACCGCAGGCGCCGCACCCGCACAUCGUCGUGGCGCCGGCGCACAACGGACCGCCGCCGCAGCAGCAACAGCAGCAGAUGCCGCCCACGACUCACGCCCACCAGAUACACGCGCCCCUGCCCUCCCUGCACGAGGACAGCGCGAGCAGCAGGUGGACCCAGUACCAGCACCUCUGGCGACAGCACCACGUCUACAUGAACGGAAAACAAGGAAAAGAUGGCCCGGACGAGAAAAAAGACGCGGACGGCGAGCUGUGGGGCAACGUUGAAGCCCAGGCCGCCUUCCUCGGGCCCAAUCUCUGGGACAAGACAUUGCCCUACGAUGCCGACCUGAAGGUAUUGAACCAUUACGUCGACCUGGACGAGUUCCUGUCAGAGAACGGGAUCCCCGUAGACGGCGUAGCCGGCGGUGGCGGUGGCGGUGGCGCGGGUGCCAUGCAGGCCAGCCAACUGCACAAACUCGGCGGUGCCAACGCCAACAACAACGCCGCUGGACCAGGUGGUAACGGCGACGUCCAGGCUACUGGACACCAGGGCCCAGCUGGCCUCCACCUCGAGCCCGUCACCAAACGCGAAAGGUCACCUUCGCCCAGCGACUGCUGCUCGCCGGACACCCUCAAUCCACCCUCGCCCGCCGACUCGAACUCGGGGGACUCGUCACGAAUACAAUAUGGCUUGUCUCUUGUAGCGCUCUCGAUGGCCUCAUCGGGGCGGGACUUCGACCCAAGGACCCGGGCCUUCUCCGACGAGGAGCUCAAGCCCCAGCCCAUGAUUAAGAAGUCACGAAAGCAGGUGUUGCAGUUCGUACCCGACGACCUAAAGGACGACAAAUACUGGGCACGCCGUAGAAAGAACAACAUGGCGGCAAAGCGCUCGAGGGACGCACGUCGCAUGAAGGAGAACCAGAUCGCCCUACGAGCCGGCUUCCUCGAAAAAGAGAACAUGGGUCUGCGACAGGAGCUGGAUCGGUUAAAGAACGAGAACAUGCUGUUGCGCGACAAGCUGAGCAAGUACACGGACGUGUAACGCGGGGGGCCAGGGCGCAAGCAACCCCCACUCUCACGACCCAGACAAAUUAACGGCAGACGACCCCCCGAGUGAUGAAUUUAUAUACACGCAUAUAUAUAUAUAUAUAUAUAUAUAUAUAUAUAUAUAUAUAUAUAUAUAUAUCAUAUAAAUAUAUAUAUAUAUAUAUUUAUAUGAAAGACGAACGAGCAUGUGGAUCAGAGCAGAGCAAGGAAUAUCGAUUUUAUGUGAAAGCAAGGCCCGCCGCACACUCACUCACAGACACAGACACGCGCACACACACAUACACACAAUUUACAUCUCUCUCAGCACGAAAGGAAUCACGUUACCAGCGUCCGACGACGAAGAGGAGACGAGUCAUCGCACCGACGAUCGUCAUCAUCGGAUGAUCAUCGCAGAGAAACGGCUGCGUGCGUUGCUCCGCAAUCGGGCUUCGAUAGGCUGCUACUAUCUAUACCUAGACUCGUUGCGUUAUCAUUCUCUAUUUUAUUACUAAUUCCUGCUUUUUUCUUUAUUCUCUUCUUUUUGAGACUCCCUUGAUCCCUCUCACCACCCCCCAGCUCUCUGAAUUUUUCAACAUGGGUAUGUGCAAUUGUGAAUAUCGAUCCUCAGGGCGAAUUGAAACUCGCUCGGGGAAGUUCAGAGGGCCUCUUCUUCCUCCUCCCCCUCCACAAGAGAGCUUUACUCGCGCAGGGACGCUCGAGGAAAAUCUUCUCAUUACGAUUUCAAUUUACAAUUCUAUUCGCAUUCUCUCGAGAUUGUAUCGAUCGACGACGCUGCGUCGCGUUUCGCGUCGUCCCGGAGUAAAAAGCCAGGCAGUCUUUGUUUCGCGCGAGAUUCUGUAACGCUACGUACACUGUACCUGUACUCUGCAUGUGUAUGUGCGAAGAAACGAUUAACGCUACUUUUUUUAUCGACAACUGUACAGCUACGAACUUUCGAUUUCUUUGCGAGUGCUUCAUUGAAAAUCGACUUUUUUCACUUUUUGAUACGAGUAGACAAGAGACUGAUCGCGUGGACUUUAACUCCGUGGUGUCGAUAGAGUAAAACUGCUUACAUCCCACAUCCUGUAUAGUAAAGAGAAAAUAUUUUGUUUCGUCGUUGAUGCCACAUCCACGCGCACUUUUAUUUUCUUCAUUUCCCUCUUCGACGCAGAAAGUACCCUUCAUUGCUCCCCCCGCACACCCUUCUCCCCCGUCCCGAAAUUGUACAUAGUUAUAUGUAUAGUUAGAUUACAUGAAAAAGUAUACAUACAUAUAUAUAUAUAUAUA